AUGGCGGACGACAAAGGCGUCGUCGGAGAAGCCAACAAGAAAGACGCGGCAACUGUACCUGAGGUGGUUGCGAAGAAGAAGCGCAAGGGACUUUUCUCCAGAAUGUUCAGUGGGAUCUUCCGAUUACACGGCGAUGACUUCGAGAAGCGGCUCAAGUACAUUUCCAAAGAAGAAGCCACUGUCCUUGCUAGAAUGCAGAGGAGGUCCAUAACGUGGAGGCGCAUGAGCAGACAUCUCAUUCUCUUCUCUGUCUUAUUUGAGAUUAUUGCAAUUGCUUAUGCUAUAAUAUCAACGAGAGCAACAAAUUUAGAUUGGAAGAUGAGGACAUUUCGAAUUCUUCCGAUGUUUCUUCUGCCUGCUUUAUCUUGUCUUGCUUAUUCAGCAUUUGUGACCUUCACAAGAAUGCGUGAUCGCAAGGACGCCAAAACCCUGGAAAGGCUUCGGGCUGAAAGGCAAGCAAAAAUUGAUGAACUAAAAGAGAGGACAAAUUAUUACACUACUCAACAGCUUAUUCAGAGAUAUGAUCCUGACCCAGCAGCAAAGGCAGCUGCUGCAACUGUCCUAGCAUCUAAGUUGGGUACAGAUUCAGGUCUGAAAUUUUAUGUGGGAGAUGAAUCUGAGAUUAAUGCCUCAACAGGGAAAAGCCAUGAUGUUGAACUUGUCCAUUCUGGUGAACUUCGAAACCGUAAACCAGUACACACCAGAUCUAAUAGUACAGGGAGUGUCCCAUUGACUAUUUCUGAAGAGGAGGCACCUCAUUCUGCAAGGUCUGACAGUCAUCAGGUUUCUGAGCAUAGUCAACUGAUUGUUAGUCAUCAUAGUCCUCAGGGAGCAUCUCCACAGGAUGGAGGAUGGAUUGCUCGGAUUGCAGCAUUACUUGUGGGUGAGGAUCCAACACAGUCUUAUGCGCUCAUAUGCGGCAACUGUCAUAUGCACAAUGGGCUUGCUAAGAAGGAGGAUUUCCCAUACAUCACUUAUUAUUGCCCACACUGUCACGCCCUAAAUCAGCCAAAACAUUUCGAAGGGCAUGUUUCUGGUUCUAACACGCCUAUCACCCCUAGUUUGAGCUCUUUGAGAGCAGGGGUCAGCAGUGAGGCAACAAAGCAGGCUGGUGACUCUUUGGAUGACAGUGUACUCACAAGUACCAGCCCUGUUAGAGCUGGUUCAGAGAUUGAGGAAGAAACUGAAAAGCCUGCGUCCGGCGAUACACUCGUCUCCUUCAUCUUCCUCCAAGCUUCAGCUCCAAAGGUCCAGCUUCCUCUUCCUCCUCUGUUCCUCAAACCUCAGAACCAGGGUUGGUCGGUGGUUAAAAUGAGCCGACCAAGUACACGCAGUAAAAAUAAAAGAAAUAGACAAGGGGAUAAUGUUGACACCACUUCUGAAAUAUUGAGGAAAAUACAUGCAACAGGUGAAGUAACAAAUGAGGAUAUAAAUAAGCUAUAUAAAAUUUCAAAGCCAGUUUGUCAAGGUUGCCGUGUGAAUACUAAAGAUAACCCAAAUUGCUUUUGUGGGCUAAUUCCACCUCCUAAUGGAAGUCGGAAAUCUGGCCUAUGGCAGAAGACAUCAGAGAUUAUGCAAAAUCUUGGCCCAGACCCUUCUCAGGAUCUUCGUCCUUCUGCUGAUUCUCCUGCAGGCCUCACAAAUCUUGGUGCAACAUGCUAUGCUAACAGCAUACUCCAAUGUUUGUACAUGAAUAAAUCCUUCCGUGAAGGUAUUUUCUUGGUUGAACCUGAGGUUUUGGAACGACAGCCAGUGUUGAAUCAACUUUCUCGGCUUUUUGCACAGUUGCAUGCUAGUAAAAUGGCUUUCAUAGACUCAUCUCCAUUUGUAAAAACGCUGGAGUUAGAUAAUGGAGUUCAACAGGACAGUCAUGAGUUUCUAACGUUACUUCUUUCUUUACUUGAACGUUGUCUGAGCACCUCUAAAGUUACAAAGGCAAAAUCUAUUGUUCAAGAUCUUUUUCGUGGAAGUGUAUCCCACGUUACCAGGUGCUCACAAUGUGGAAAAGACUCUGAAGCUUCUUCCAACAUGGAGGAUUUCUAUGAACUGGAGUUGAAUGUGAAGGGUUUGAAAAGUUUGGAUGAGAGUUUAGAUGAUUAUCUUAGUGUUGAAGAGCUUCAUGGAGAGAAUCAAUAUUUUUGUGAGUCGUGUAAAACAAGAGUUGAUGCUACCCGAAGCAUCAAGUUGCGGACAUUGCCUGAUGUUCUGAAUUUUCAGCUUAAGCGUUGUGUUUUCCUUCCAAAGACGACAACAAAGAAGAAAAUUACUUCUGCAUUUGUUUUUCCUGGAGUACUUGAUAUGAGGCAGAGGCUAUCUGAGCCUUCUCAGCUUGAAUCAAUAUAUGACUUGUCAGCCGUGCUGAUUCACAAGGGGACUGCAGUUAACAGUGGCCACUAUGUAGCGCAUAUCAAGGAUGAGAAGACAGGACAAUGGUGGGAAUUUGAUGAUGAGCAUGUUUCAAAUUUAGGUUCUCACCCAUUUGGAGAAGGCACUUCAGGUUCCAAUACCAAGCCUGUUAAUGUUAAACCUGAAUCAGUUCAUCCAUCUCGCACGGGACAAAUUAAUGCUGUUUCGAAUGGUGAUAAUGUGGAUGUCAGUCACCAACAACCUACAGAAUCUAUUUCUGGUCAUGUGGAGACAUUUUCAUCUAGUGAUGCAUAUAUGCUGAUGUAUAAUCUCAGGUGUUGCCGAGAGGAUGAUGAGAAAGUGCGUGUAGAGUGUAAUGCCAAUGAUAGGAAGAUAGAAGGUGAUAUUGUUUGUAGUUCUCUUCCAUCUCAUCUUUGUGAAGAGAUUAAAAACUUUAAUGCAUCAUAUCUUGAUGCUUGCCAAAAAUACAAAUUUAAAAAAGAAGAAGAGAUGAAUCAUAUCACAGAGCGUAGACAGGAAGUGCGUUCAAUUUUGUCUGAAGCGCCUGUUCGAUCUUUGGAGGAAUCCUUUUUCUGGAUUUCAACAGACUGGCUCCGUCAGUGGGCUGAUAACAUGAUUUCACCUGUUCUUGACAACACAUCCAUCCUAUGUUCACAUGAAAAAGUUCCAGCGUCAAAGGUUGGCUCCAUAAAGCGGUUGUCAGCUAAAGCAUGGACCAAGUUGUUCUCUAAGUAUAAAGGGGGCCCAAUACUGGCCUCUGAUGCCUACUGCAUGGUUUGCCUUACCGAGGGGGCUCGAAAUGUAGUAUGUGCUGACAGCUAUAGGGAUAGGAGAAUACUCAUGAAGCAAGUUGCUGAGGAUGCACUUGCAGGGAGGUGUUCAGAUGGAGAAUAUUUUGUUUCUAAAGCAUGGUUACAACAGUGGCUUAAAAGAAAAAUUCUUGAUGCUCCAUCAGAAGCUGAUGCGGGACCAACAGCUUCAAUUAGGUGUCCUCAUGGGCAACUUAUGCCUGACCAAGCCACUGGUGCUAAGAGAUUGCUUGUUCCCGAGAAUCUCUGGCUCUUCCUUUAUGAAGAUGCUUUUGCAGUAAAGCCUGAUGAUCACUUGGGUUGUUCAACGUUUCCUUUAGACUCUGCACAGUGUUCCCAAUGCAGUGAUGAACUAUCUGAAGUUGCAUGCAUGGAGGAUUCUUUGAGAGUGGUGAGGCUCAAACAGCGCCAGACUCAUGAGAAAUUACUUACAGGGAAAACUGUGCCUCUUUCUCUGGAUUGCAAGUAUUACUUGAUACCCUUUUCUUGGCUUUCGAAGUGGAAAAACUACAUUACUGCAAGUGGCAAGAAUGUUUCCUCAGUGGAGAAACCUGAAACAUUAGAGGGCAUCAUGGAUUUGCUGAAGUGUGAAAAGCAUUCACGACUUCUAGAAAGGCCUGUUGAUCUGGUCUCUAAACGUGGUUUAAUUUCCCAGAAGUCUCCCCCUGUGGAUGGGUUAAUAAUCAUUCCUGAGAGUGACUGGAAAUCCUUUUGUGAGGAAUGGGGCGGUGUCCAGGAGAAGGGCAUAUCUGCUGAAAUUGAGUUAAGUAAAACUGAAGGAAAUAAUUUGGCAGGGUCCUGCGAAGAGAUGCCAAUGUGUGAGGAGGAUCUGAGUACUCCAAAUCCAGUAAAUGGUGAAGUUGAGUCUAGACAACUCGUGAUUAGGACUUGUCCUGAGAUAUGUGAGGAUUGCAUUGGAGAAAGGGAAAGCAGGGAACUAAUGCGGAAGCUUGACUAUUGCAAUGAAGACAUAUAUGUGUACUUUAUACAUGGCAAGGAAGCUCCAAAAUCCAUUCUAAAACCAUCUGAAACAAAUUUUGAUCCAGAUCGCCGAGUUUCCAAGCGCUCUCGGAAGACAAAGACUGGGGAUCAGAUAAGCUUGAAAGUCUCUGGUUCCACAACCAUAUACCAGUUAAAAAUGAUGAUAUGGGAAUCUUUUGGGGUUGUUAAGGAAAACCAGGUACUUCACAAAGGUACUCGGAUAAUUGAUGAUGAAGUUGCUACUCUUGCGGACAUGAAUAUAUUCCCUGGGGAUAAGCUUUGGGUGAACGAUUCAGAAAUCCAUGAGAACCGAGAUAUUGCUGAUGAGCUAUCUGACCAGAAAAUGGAUGUGCAACACACUGAAGAGGGGUUUCGUGGGACGCUUUUGACAGCAAAUGUUUCAUCGCAAGUUGUAUAA